AUGGAUCUGCAAGCUUUAGCUGGCGUUGCGCGGCAGCAGCAACAGGCUGCGGCCCCCAGGGCGGGUGGACUGCGUGCCCGGCGCAGGGCCUUGCGCCGGGUGGAGGCCAGGGAGCGGCGGGCGAGUUCUGCGCAGGCGUCCUUUCGUCUGCAAGCGCAGCAGACAAACAGAUCCGGCAGGGGACGAACCGAAGAUCAUAUACUCCCUGUCAGCAGCGGCGCCAAGCGCUCUGCAGUAAAGGGCAAAGGAGCGUGGAAGCGAUGGACUCCGGACGCAAUUCUGCGGGGAGGCUUCUCGCCGGGUAGCAUGAGCUCGCGCAGCGCUGCAGGUCAAAUGGAAGGGGCAAGCGCCUCAGGCGUGAUGAGCGCUAGACUCCUCGUGGCUGAGUGCAUUGAGCAGGGCCAGAAAGACUACGCUUCUAAGCUUCAGCGGCAGCUACAUCACGAUGGCGACGGUCCUCUUGAUUUUGCAGUGCUGAAUAUGAUGUUCGAUGAGACAGAGUUGGAAUUAGACAUGGGCAGUGAGGGGGAAGCUGCCUGGUCUGUCCUCGCAAGCCAUUCUCAGAUCACUUUUUGCAGUCAAGGGCAAGUCGUUGACUUUGAUGCUGUUCGCGCCCCUUGCGUUUUGCCAACGAAAAAGGCAGCUACCAUGUGGCCUGUGCUAGGUGCUGGAGUUGGCGGCCUUUGGCCGGGCGUGACCUCAGUUGACGCAGAGAUGCGUGCUGUCCUGAUCACGUGCGACGCAGGCCCAGCAAACAUCAAGUUACUAAAGAACCUGUGCGCAUGCCUGCCAGAUUCAGUUGGCUUGAUUCCCACGCUUUGCGCGCAACAUCGCAAUGGCAACGUGAUCGAGCGCGCCACGAAGUUGUUGGGCAUCUUGCCGGGUUGCUUUGCAGUAUCGAAAACCAUGAUUCAAGGGUCGUGGAUGCGAACCAUUGGCAAGCGUGUCCAGGAAGUUUUAGCUGCCAGGCUCAUCGUCAUGGAAGAAGACCCCGAAGGUUUGCAGGAGGAGUGGGCUCGUUCCCGGGUAGCGGCCAGGGCUUUGCUAGAUUUAGUGAUCUUGAAUGCUCCGCAAGGCGAGGACGACCAGCCAGCCCGCGGCUUCGCGACGGCGGUGAGCGACUUCAUGACCUUCUUCCCUGGUCCAUGGAAAGGCUACGACUGGGAGUUCGGCACCUACGCUGACUACUUCAAGGAAGUCGUCAAGAGGGAGAACAACACAAAGCACCAGCAAUUUCUCGAAGCUCGCAAGCAGUGGAUAAAAUCCCACGCUGACAACAGCAAGGGCACUCGGCUUCGAAAGAAGGAUGAGCUUUUCGCUGCAACGCGAAAGUUACAGGCCGAGCGCCGGGUGGGCGGCCGCUUUCAGAAGCCCGAGAAAUCGUUUGUGACGCCCGAUGGCUGGAACCCGGCAAUUCACGGCGGCGAGUACGACAAGUCCAAGGAAGUGGAGGAGGAGAUCUUUGGCAAGGUCGUGAAGGGCUGCUGGGUGAGCACUUCGCCAGCUGGCAUCUACAAGUUCAGCGAGUUCGACGAGAAGCUCAUGAAGGAGAUCGACGAGGAGCACAACCCUGAGGACUCCCUGUUUUCCGACGAGGCCCUCGCUCGGAAGAAAAAGGCAGCCGCGGACGCCGUCGAGCAAGCGGCAAAGGCGCGAGACAACGUGGCUGUCCAGGGCAAGGAGCUGUCCCUGGGCAGUCUCCUCCAGAGCAUUCAGAACUUUUCCGGCGCAAGCUCUUCCCGCGACGGCGCCUGCAAGAAGACCGACGGCGACGAGAGCUCCUCUGGCGAGAGCAGCAGCAGCAAGCCGGGCGUCCAGGGCUCGUCCGAAUCUGAUGCUGAGGCCGGGCCGUCUGCAGCGCAGAGGCUGUUCGGCAGGUGCCAGCCGAAAGCGAAGUCCCAGUCCCAGCCUGCCCCUGCUGCUCAAGAAGCGAAGGCGAAAGCCAAAGCAAAGGCUCCGAAGGGCGGGCCUGGAGUCCAGCGCAGCAGGCCUCCGGCCGAGUCAUCCGCUCCGAAGAUGUUGUCGCUCGUUGCAGCCUCUUCGGCGGGUCUCGCAGCCCAGUCGAAGGCUGGAGGCGGGGAUAUGCUUCUCGUGGACGGGCGUGCCAAGAGGGCUUUCAACACGCUGCAGGAAAAAAUUGAGGAGUACCAGCUCAAGCUGGCCGGAUUGGCUUUGAACGACGCCAUUCCCGAAGCCCACGCGCGGGGAGGCUGGAAGCAAGACUUGCAAAAGAGGGCGAUUCUGUGCAGGAGCAUUGCGAAGGGCUGCAAGGAACUCGUUCGUAGAACCGAAAAGAGCUCCAACAAAGAGUCCUUCGGCUCGGCGUUAGAGCGACUGGAGCAGCAAGCCAACGCUGCGCAAAGCAUCGACAAGCUGUUCAGCACUUCUAGCGCAGAGCAGCCAGAUGCUCAGCAGAUGGUUCAGGCGUACGACAGCUGCGUCCGUUGCUUGAGCGAGGUCCUGAAGCCUAACAAGGCCUUGGGCCCAGUCUUCCAGCUGAAGUACAUUUUGGCCAAAGGCAACCUCCACUGCCUGUACCAGGAGUACGCCCAGUUUAGCCGACUCUUUCUGUGGAGCGGGGCUGAAGAGAUGGAGGCUCUCGGGAAGGUCUUGGACCGGGAUGAUCUCCAGAGUCACGUCGUGACUGAGGUGGAGAACCGGGUCAUUCUUGCACUGCGUGCAGUGCAGCAGCAAGAUCUCCAGGUCCUUGCUGCCUCAGGCGCCCUGGAAGGAGGGCUUUUGGAGGCUUCUUCGCUUUGCUCAGCCUUGAUCGAUUGCGGGAAAGCGGAGGGCGACAACUUUGUCCCGCUGGUUUUGCUGGAGGAACUAGGAGCGGCUCGCGGCAUCUUGACUCUGGGCCAAAACGACCUCAAGGAUCUCCUGAAGACAAUCGACAAGUUGAGCGCCAUGCAGUGCCACAUUGAGUCCAAGGAAGAAGAGGAGGCCGAGGGCUUGGGCUCAGCCAUCUCCCGCUUCUUUCUGCAGCACGCCACUGGCAAAUCGCUGUUUGACAUGGCCUGCGGCCGAGUGGAAGCGAGCAAGAAGGAGGCAGAGGCCGAAGAGGCUGUCAAGGACUUUGCAAAGCUUGUGAAGAACGCGGGGACAGCCGAUGUGAACUCGCAGUUGCUAGACCAGGUAUUCCUUCCUGCAGUCAUCCAGUAUCAGACCGCGCAGAAACUUUGCCAGGAGUUGAAGAAGAGCGCGAAUGAGAAGGACAAGGUCUUGUCUUCGGCUACAGAGUGUUUGCGCAGGUCUUAG